CUGGAAGAUCAAGGCAAUGUGUAGUGACAUUAGAUAGGAGCAUCGCACGGAUUCGAUUCCUUCUAUCGAGGGAGGGAGGGUAGACGUGCCGAUAUGCAGGGAUUUUGCAGUGGUUCAUGCUGCGCCUGCGCUGGGAAUUCAGGCGUGUUCUUUGCUUCUUUUCCUUCACGCGGGGGCUACCUUUCCUUGUGCAGUGAUCCGUUGGUUCGACAUUAUUGGCGACUCCGCUGAUAAAGACACCGGUUUGUGGGUCGUUCGUCCAGGGUUUGCUCCUAACCACUCCCCCAAUAUUUCCAUUAUCUAUGUUGACUCUAUUUAUCGCGCAGCUCACUUAAUUCCUGUCUAUGCACACUUUCAUCAUUCAUACUAUUCUUUCAGGUUUUACUAUGUAAACAAAUAUGCUUACUAUCAUGCAUUCGAGAUUGCUUUUUAGCCAGUGUCAUCUUAUGUAAACCUUUCC